CCCUCGGUAACUAUAGCAACAGAUAUAGCUACAACAUCCGGUUUACGUUCCUAGUUAAUAAAAGCGGAAAACAGCGGAAAGUUUCUGAGGACAAAUAGAUCAUAUUUAGCAAACAGCUACUUCAAAGUUACAAAUACCAAGUUGUCACGAUGGAAACGAUCAGAGGAAGUUUAGAGGACAUUUCCCGACCUGCUUCGAGUGAACCAACGAGCAGCCGUGCGUCCAGAAGAGGUCCUGAUGUUCAGAUCCAGAUGAGCUCUGAGGAGACUGCAACCAGUUCCUCAGCCUGUGGUCCUGACCAAGGUCAGUGUCACUAUGACAUCACGGAUGGAGAUCCAGAAGUACAGAGAGCUAUGGAGGAAAUGAGACGUCUUGAUGAAAUACUGUCUGUAAAGAUCUGCAGAGAAAAAGAAGUCAAGCGUCAGAGGAAAGAGCAUCAAGCCAAACUCUGGCAAGAUCUCCAGCAGAAUAAACUUCAAAGUCACUCUGAAUGUGCUCAUGAAGCUUUGAACACAAAGCUGUUUUUAGCCCUGGAAGAAGACAUUGGGAAAGAGGAAGAAGAAGAAAAGGAGGACAACUAUGUGCCUGUCUUUGAAACCCAGAUUCCUGACAGUGACCGUGAGAGACAACGUUUGGAGCCGAGUUAUAAGAAGCCAGAGAACUUCACGGACUCAUCGGAGAUUGGGGAAGAGCAAUGUGAAGACAGCCACUGUGGAGCUUCCAGAGGCAAGAAAAAACAGAGGGACUUUGUCAAGAGAAACAUUGAGCUUGCAGUUGGUGAUGGGGACCAAAUGCUUUUGACCCAGGCUGAGAAACAGCGUCUGGCCGAGCUCCUCCAACAAAUAGUCGAAGAGGAAGAGGACGUUGCCAGAGGCGCAGACAGCGAGGCGGACAUGUGGGCGGUGUCAGUCCUGACAGGACAAGGUUACACCCCGGUGUCCUCUGACCUGGAGCAGCUGAGUGACAUUGACUCCAAAAUCCGCCUUUUCCUCCCUGUUGAAGAAUUCGUCUCAGUGCAAAGUUCCUACACAAACAUCAGCGUGGCCCAGGGCCGCGGUUCAGAGGCUGGCUGGAAGUGCGAUUGGGACCCGCAGCCAGGAGAGAAGGUCCUGCAGGAUAGAAAGGAGAGGAGAGGGCUGGAGAGGCAGCUCCAAGAGAUCCAACAGCAGCUGGAGCUCCUGGGCCAGAGCCCAGAGAUGACUAACGAGUCUUCAGACCUCACGGAGGAGGAGUUACUCAGACUGCUGGAGGAAUGUGAGCUGACUGAGUGUUGGAGCCCACAGCUGGAGACGACUGACACGACGUGAUGAUCUGAAGCCUUAUUAUCAGAGAGUCCGUCUAAAAUAUGACAUCCUGGCUUGGACGUCACGAGACACAUGUAACAGCUUUAAGAUUUAUGGAGUUAUAACUAACAUGUCUUAUAGCCAUUUACAUAAAAUGACAAAGAACAAACAUGAUUCACGAUGUGUCAGUGUUAAUAAAAUGAUAGUUCGAACUUUUGGUUAAAUGAUAAAUUAGGCAAGAGAAAACAUAUUUUUAUCCUAAUUGGCGUUUUCAACAUAUUGUUAUAAUUACUAGUUUUCAGGAACCAAGAUUUUGCAGAUCUCAGGUGAAUAAAAAAACAGGAGGUUCUGUUGAGUCUUCAAAAAAUAGCUAAAAACUUCCAAGGCCUGGCAGACAAACAGAGGGACAGGUGAUGUGAGCACAGGAGAGAUGAUGUGAGCAGCCAUCUAAAUCUAAAAAUCACCAAAAUAUUAACAGCAAGAGCGGAAAACACAGAGUCCAGAGCUUGAUUACCUUGUGGGAAAACAGGAGACGAUACACCGGAGUUUUAUGGAACAGGAAUUGGGUGGAGUAGUGAGCCAGAUUGAUAUCAGCUCUAGGGGAGAGCAGGGUAAUGUGGAAUUUUUUUUUAAUUUGCUCCCCUCUAGGCGAGCUAAAAUGAUAUAUCAGUCAAAUUUAUACAUUUCCCAUUAAUUCAGGAUGUUUUCUAGCAAUGGAAAUGAUCAGAAUGU